AAUCCAUUCACUCGAUUAUUAAUUUUAUUUUUUUGGGGAAAUUCACUCAAUUAUUUCAUCAUCAAAUCAAAAAUAAAUAAAAAUCUUUCUUAUUUUCAACAACAAAAUUUCACUUUUGCUUUAUUCCUCGAAAAGCUGACCCCAAUCUAUCUCCUCUAUCCCUUUUUCAUAUCCAUCCCCCCUUUUCUCUCUCCAAAAUCACGAUUUCGGGCUUGACCAAGCCAUUGGAUCGUCAAAAGGGUGAUAGGAUAGUCUGUAGCUGAUGAAAUCAUCGAAAUUGGAGACUGUAAGUGUUAAUGCUUGUUGACAUCAGUUUUUGUUUAGCAAAACUUGGUGACUAAUUAUGGUGAAUAAGGAGUUAUGUUGAUGUUGCUCUGAUGAAAUUGGGGGAGUUCAGUCCUAUUGAAGAAAAUAAAGUAGUUUCUAGCAAUGGGUGUUCGCUAUCUAGCAAUAUCAGCAGUAUGCACUGUGGUCAGCAUGAUAGGUUUACAAUGCUGGACAGAGAUAUCACUCGACAAAUUCAAGGCGGAUGGACUUAUUGGCAACGAUACCCUUUACUCAGAGAAUGCUAGUCGUAUCAUCGAGCUUCUGUUGCGUUCUCAUGCAACCAUUACGUUGGCAGCAAUAUGUGUGAUCAAUGCAUUUGUGCUAUUUAUUUUGAGUAUUAAGACUAUAUUUUUUGGAGAACUAUACGCUCCUGAAACACGAAAGUUGGUGGAACGGCUGGUCAACUAUGUUAUCUACAAGGGAACAUUUCUUCCAUUAAUCAUUCCGCCAACAAUAUUUCAAUCCUCCCUGUGGUUGACAUGGUUGACUGUGCUUUGUUUUCUGAAGAUGUUUCAAGCAUUGGCAAGAGACCGUCUUGAACGUUUGAAUGCAUCUCCUUCUGCCACCCCUUGGACAUAUUUCCGUGUAUAUUCGGCACUAUUGCUAGUUUUGGCCUUUGACUCUCUAUGGAUAUGGUUUUGUGCGGCUGUGACUGGACCUCAGGUUUCAUCCACUUAUUGGUUGUUAUUCUUUGAGCCACUCAGCAUCGCUUUUGAGACACUGCAGGCUAUUGUGGUACAUGGAUUUCAGUUAAUGGAUGUUUGGCUCCAUGAUUCUGCUGCAGAGACUUCGGAUUGCCAAAGAUCAAAAUUAUUUGAUACAACUGCAGGUUCUUUGUGGGAAUGGAAAAGCAGCGUUGUUCGAAAUUUGGGAUUUUUCCUCGAUAUGAUGACACUUUUAAUGGCACUUGGUCAUUAUGUGCUUAUAUGGUGGCUCCAUGGCAUGACAUUCCAUCUUGUGGAUGCAAUCCUUUUCCUGAACAUUCGUGCUUUACUAAGCGCAGUUGUGAAGCGUAUAAAAGGAUUCAUCAAAUUGAAGAUAGCUUUAGGUGCACUUCAUGAGGCACUUCCUGAUGCCACGUCGGAGGAGAUACAAGCAUAUGAUGAUGAAUGUGCCAUCUGUAGGGAACCAAUGGCAAAGGCUAAAAGGCUUUCUUGCAAUCACCUUUUUCAUCUUGCUUGCUUGAGAUCUUGGUUGGAUCAAGGUCUUAAUGAGGUUUAUUCAUGCCCUACCUGUCGGAAGCCCCUGUUUGUUGGAAGAUCUGAAAGUGAGGCAAGCUCUCAUUCCAGAGCAGUUUCAAGUGAUGAGCAGCUUGCUCGUCAACUAAGCUCAGGAGUUGAUCGGGUGAAUGCCGAAGGUGGAGGAGUUUUCCCUAACCAAAACCAAACACCCCCUGAAGUUAAUGCUUGGAGAGGUGCAGGAGCAGAUUCAAGUUGGUUGCAGCCUUGGCCAAGUCAGGGUCUUGACGUAGCUGGUCCGUCAACUGCCAUUAGGUCAGCCGGGUUGGGGAGGGUCCAAAUGAUGAUGAGACACCUUGCUUCUGUUGGAGAAAACUAUGCUCAAACUGCUCUUGAAGAUACUUCCUGGAGCCUUUGGCCAACAAGCUCCUCUCAGGCUACACCAUCUAAUACAACAUUUCCCCCUGCUGCUCACAGAUAUCCAGCAACAACUACAACUAAUACUGCACAUAGGAGGACUGCCCCUCGGCCGGCAAAUGACAGCAUUGCAAACUUGCUUGCCAUGGCAGAAACCGUAAGGGAAGUGCUUCCUCACGUCCCUGAUGAAAUGAUAUUCCAGGAUCUGCAGCAAACAAACUCUGUCGCCGUGACUGUUAAUAACCUUCUUCAGAUGUGAUUACUGGAUAUUUAUUCCUCACAAUAAGCCGCCUUCCAGGUCAGCAAAUAUUUUUGUGACAGUGUGAAUUACAAAAAGGCCCCUGAGUAACUUUAAAAACCUUCUGAAUAUGUUGUGUAACUGUUGUGUCUAUAUGUCUCCUGCCGAAUCCUGUACAUAGAGUGGCACAUAUUAGUGAUUUUACCGAUCACACUAUCGCCUAGGAGUAUUGGUAAAUUGGUAAUGAGAACUUUGUAUAUUCCUUAUAACGGUCUUUAUUAUCGCUGAAAGAACAAGUAGAAGGUGUUUUUGAUCUUGGUUUUGGAACCGAGAAAUUCCGGAUGCAAUCAGUGGAUCGAACUGUGGCAGUUUUGUAAUAUGUAUGUGUAUAUUCUCAUUAUUGGUUGUAAAUGCGGGAUUGCUCGA